UAACUAUUUUCGGUUGACGCCGAUUUUUCUAACUUAUCCUUUCCUCUGUUCCCCCUCUCUACUCUCUCUCUCUUAGUUACUCGCGCGUUCUAUUCAGCUCUCUCUCACUCUCUCUCUUUGGAUUGACGGGACAAAAAGCUUUCAAAAACUAGGCGUCCCUUCCCAACUCUAAAACGCGCCCCUCAGAAACAAACCCUAGCGCUCUCUCUCUCUCCGUUGCUGUUCCCUUUUUGUUCUUUAUUUCUUCUCUCUCCGCGUUUCUUUUAGAUUCUGUUUGGAUGCUUUGAAUCCUUGAUUUUCUUUUUCUUCUUUUUUUUUUCUUUUGUUCGCUGAAGCUUUUGAAGGAUGGAAGAUAAAGAAGGGGCCGAUCCACGGAAUGAGUUUACGUCCGAUUCGAGCUGGACACUGCCUGGACCUGACCCGGUCUCCGACAGCGUCAAUUACUUCUUCGAUAGGGAAAGCAGUAUACUGAGUGAGUUUGGUUGGAAUUUACAACCGGACCAGGCUGAAGAGAUUGAGCGGUUCGGUGAACUCGACCGUACCGAAACCAGGCCUGAUUUGGCGGGAAACUUUAGCGGCUCACAGAGCUCUGGUGCAGCUGCUGCUGGUUCGGGUUCGGGGACGGCGACGAAUCCGAGCGGGUCAGCUGACGUGUCGACAUCGAAUCCGUCGGUGUCGUCGAGCUCCAGCGAAGAUCCGCCGGAGAAAUCUACGGGCUCCGGCGGGAAACCGCCCGAGAUACCGAGUAAGGUCAGGAAGAAGGGGCAAAAGCGAAUCCGGCAGCCAAGAUUUGCAUUUGUGACCAAGAGUGAAGUUGAUCAUCUUGAAGAUGGCUAUCGGUGGCGGAAAUAUGGACAAAAGGCAGUUAAAAAUAGUCCAUACCCUAGGAGCUACUAUCGCUGCACAAAUAGCAAAUGCACAGUGAAGAAGAGGGUAGAACGUUCCUCUGAAGAUCCCACCACUGUCAUUACUACAUAUGAAGGUCAACACUGUCAUCACAGUGUCGGAUUCCCCCGUGGUGGACACAUCAGCCACGAAGCUGCCUUUGCUGGUCAAUUGACUCCUGCAAUCUCACAAUUUUAUUAUCCAGGGGUACAGUUACAUAGGGAAAUUCCUCCAAGCAUAACACAGCCACACCAAGUACCCAUUGACGUAGGAGGAUCUCGUACGCUGCCAGAACCAACCCCUCAGCUUCCCACAGAUGAAGGGUUACUUGGGGAUAUUGUGCCUCCUGGAAUGCGUAACAGAUGAGAAAGAAAACAUGUGUGUACAGGCAAGGCAGUGAUCGGUUCUAAGGACCAUCUCCGGGAUAUCAGAAGAGCCAAAGCCAAGGGCAAUUUUUUCCAAGAAGUGAGUUCGUUACCGGAAAACACAAUCCGUAAGAGACCCAUUUGGGAGAUGUACAUGCGUUGGGACGAGCUCACCCUCUUUCACUGCACCACAUCGCCCCUCCCAAACGUCUCUCCUUAAAUAUCAAUGUUAUACUAACAUGAAUCAGGUAUUGCUGCUCACAUGAGUUCAUUCUCUCUCAUGAACAGGUUUAUCUAACCUGAUGCCUUCAAUUCUAAUCAAUAUCAUCAUAUAUCGUUCUCCAUGCAUGUGAAUAUAUUGAUGAAAUUCCCUA